GUAACGUUGUAUGAUCCCUGCGGAUAUCAUCAACGCCCCCCCCCGCGCGCGAGCACGUCAUCGGCUUAUGUAUGAAUCCGGAUAUCGUACAAUCUGCGGCGCCCAUCGCGCAAUGGUGCAACCGGAGAAGAAGAUAUCGUCAAUCUUCUAUGGCACGAGCACCGCGGCAAAGAUGGCUAUAGUUAAGUAGCGUGCAGCCUCAGCUAUUUUUUUCGAAGAUGAAGAGAUGAGGACGUGUACCACCGUCUACCAACGAUACCCUAUUCGUCUCCUCAACUCAAGCGUGUGUGUAUAGAACAGUGCGCGCGAAAUGAUGGAUGCCGACAACCCGGGACCUGGGAAUACUAACGUUGUUCGGAGAUCGGCGUGGUGGAAGUUACAAUGGUAUUCGGACGACGACACGCCCGAGGAGCGUCGGUUCAUUAUCAAGCUCGACUUGAUCGUCGUGCCCUAUGCGCUGCUCGCCUACUGGGUGAAGUACAUCGACCAAGCCAACCUGAAUAACGCUUAUGUCUCUGGGAUGAAGGAGGACCUCGGGUUCUACGGCAAUGAGCUCGUCAGAUUGCAGACGAUGUAUAUCGUGGGCGCCGUGCUCGGGCAAAUCCCGUUUCUGUUCUUGUUCACGUAUAUUCCGAUGUACUGGCUUAUCCCGUCGCUGGACGUCCUCUGGGGGAUCUUCACGCUGCUUCAAUACCGCGGGAAUUCCUUUGCGGAAAUGGCAGCGUACAGAUUUUUCGUCGGUUGGUUCGAGGCAGCUUUCUUCCCAGCCAUGCACUACGUAUUUGGAAGCUGGUACCGCGGCCACGAGAUCGCCCGUCGCGGCGGCGUCUUCUACUUAGGCGUCGGUCUCGGUACCCUGACGGCGGGGCUGAUCACGUCCGCCACGACAAGCGCUCUGGAAGGAGUCAACGGCCUAGCUGGCUGGAGGUGGAUGUACAUCAUCUGCGCCGUGAUCACCAUCCCAGUUGGCAUCCUCGGAUACUUUCUGCUGCCCGGUAGCUUACAGAAACCGAAUCCCUGGAUCCUGACGGAAAGCGAUCUCGAAAUCAGCCGGAAGCGACUAGCGAGAGGUGGCCACGCUUUCCAGGGGAAGUUCCAGGUCGGCACGAUCAAGAAGAUUCUCGUGAGCACACGGUUCUGGGUGGUAGUGCUAGUCGACGUGCUGUUCUGGAACGCCGGUGUCUAUCUAAACACAGGCACCUUCUUGCUCUGGAUCAAGAGCCUAAACCGGUACACGACGCCGCAGGUGAACCAGUUCGGGACGAUCCAAGCUGCGCUAGCCAUACCCUACACGCUGUUCACGUGUUUCGCCUCGGACCUGUUCAUGGGUCCGGCGUGGGCCAUCACGUUCGCCAGCACGUGGAACGCGGUGGCACUUCUCAUCCUGACGAUCUGGCAUGGCGUGCCCGAAGGAGCGAUUUGGUUCGCGUUCUCGUCGGGGUACUGGGCGAUCUCGUUGUCGAGCGUAUUCCACGGAUGGGUAAACAACCUGCUGAGAGACUCGCCAGAAGAGCGGGGAUUCACGUUGGUCAUGAUCAACAUCCUCGCGCAGUCUUCGACGGCUUGGACACAGAUCCUCACGUUUCCGACGCUGGACCAACCGCGGUAUCCGAAGGGAUUCCCGUUCUGUCUCGGCUGCGCCGUGAUGCUCAUCGUAGCGACGUGGAUUUUGCAUUGGCACACCAAGCAGCAGGGGUAAGCCACACAGACUUCACUAUCGACGAUACGCAGGGUAGGGCGAGGGCGGAGUGGGCAUGCUUGCUGACAGAAGGGCAGGAAACACACAACCGACCAUGCAUCGACGUCGUCUUCAAUCGUCGGGCACGACUCCGAAAAUGGCGAGGCCGGAUCCGCGGUGGCGGUCGAGGCGGGCAAACAGAAGAAUACUACUUAGGCGGGAGGACUCGACUGCCUGCGUGCCGA